AUGGAUGACUUCGAGUACAGCAUCCAGCUGAACGACAGGGACUGGGCUGAGUUCUUCUUGGCGGCAGAGGAGUGCAACCUGGCCCCGGCCUCGCUGGCCACGGCGGAGGAGCAGAGUGACAUUGAGCAAGGGGACGGCUCACCGGGCAGCACAGAGGGGCCGAUCGCAGCCAGGGUGGGCAGCAGGCCAGGGCCUGGCACGGGCAGCCCUGCCCCACGUGGGGUGACCGGAGACACCUCUCCGGGCUGCAAGGCCGACGGGCACCUCUCGGGCAGCGAGGGCGAAGCGGACCUGGGCUCUGUGGGCAGGACCCUGCGUGCGAGCGGCGAGCCCGGCUGCCCUUCACCGGCUCCGAUGCCCAGCGUGCAGGGCAGGCAGCCCCCCUGCCCUCCCGCUGCCAGCCCGGCCGGGGGCACAGCGCAGGACACGGCAUGUGAAGCAGCAGCAGCGCAGGCGGAGGAAGGAGCAGGCAGCGGCAGCCCCGCGAUGGAGCGUCCCAGCAAGGCGGCUGGAAGCAGUGAGCACGGAGGGGAUGCAGGAGGGGCUCCGCCCGCAGUGCCUGCUUCCCCAGGGCGAUCCGCAAGGAAGGGUCUUAGCAGCGCUUCCCGCUUGGAACCAGGACCACGGGGACCCCAACGUGAACCUCCCCUGAGUCCGGCGCUGGAGACAGCACCCAAAGCACCCGUGUCCCCAGCACGGGAGGAGGCGAGCGGGGACAGAGCCGGCUCCGAGCGCUGCUCCCCCGCUGGCUCCCCGGAGGUUGUGAGGCCCAAGGUGCCAGCGCAGGCGAGGAAGAGCAGGAGGCAGCGGGGAGCCAGUGCCACCGAGCCGGGGGACAAGGAGCCGGUGGGGGCUGCAGGACAGGGGACUGCGGUGCCCAUAAAGGCACCUUUAAGCUCGCCACUGUCCUCGCGGAAGAGUAAAGGGAAGGAGAAGGCAGCCAAGCCGGCCCCGGUGAGGAUGGGCAGUGAGGAGGCAGUGGAGAGCAAAAAGCCAGUGCCCAGCGCUGGUGUGGAUGAGGGUGAUGUGGCUGCAAGCUUCACUCCCCCAAAGCAGAAGGUGAAGGAGCCGGUGGCACAGCCCCUGGGAAAGGUGAAGGCCACCAAGCAACCAAAGGCAGGGCAGGCUGGGGGCUUGGGUGGACGUGACUCUGUGAUCCCCGAUGGGGCCGCAGGUGCCAGCAGAGCCACAGCUCCUUCAGGAGGGACAUGCCAGGAAAAGCUUCUCCAUCCCAAGAGUGUGGUGGCUUUCAGUGGGGAUGCUGCAGGCAGAGCUCAUGUGGAGCCUGCAGCUGAGGGUCCCAGGGAGCUGGGUCCCCCUUGCUUUGAAGCUGGGACCUUUGCGGGGACAAACACCCUGGACGUGACUUGGCCUGAGAUGUAUGACUAUUUGUUCUGUGACUCCCAAGAGGAAGAAGAAGGAACAUGGAAUUCAGUGGAGGGGGGAAAAACACUGGAAAGGGAAAUCUCCUUACCUGAACUCUAUGAGUAUUUUUUCAAUGAACCAGAAGGAAAGAGGAAAAAAGCCAAGAGUAAAGACAGGAAGCGAAAGAAGUUCAGCAGCUUGGACCACACAGAGCUGCAAAAUGAGGAUCCUGACUUGGAUGCAGUCAAUGACUCUGUGAUUAUCUCAGUCCCUGAGGUGUAUGAACACUUCUUUGUGGAUGGGCCUGGGAACAGGGCAGGCUGGAGAGGGAUUUUCUCCAUCACUCCCACCUCGGAGGUGAAGAAAGCUGUGGGGGCUUUGAAGACCCUCCUGCAAAGACAUCUUGUCGGACGCCAGGUCCCGGAGCCCCAGGCUCUUGUGCAGAGAGGAUCCAGAGAGAAUCUGCCACUCGUUCCACUGGGUCCGUUGGGAAGAAGCAAGGCACAGUCUGACUUGGACAUGGCCCUUGCACUGAGAGGGAACCCCCAGGUUCCACUGGCGCUGACCCACAAAGACAUGUGCCUCGUCUUCUGUGCCUUUGCAUCCUGGGCAGUGAAGACCUCCGACCUGCAGGCUCCGGAUGCGUGGAAGACCAUGUUCCUGGCAACCUUUGGCACCCUUUCUGCCAUCCGCUACUUCCGAAGGCAGGUCAGAGAAGGACGUUCCCAGACCUAG